AUGCAGGAAACCCCUAUGGACGUUCUUGAAUUUGAAGUAACCAUGGAUUUUGACAAAGAUGGAGGAAACGCUGUUAUAUCAUCCAUUCAAAGAAACAUACAAGAACUGAAUCAGCAAGUUAUUAAUUUGGAAGCACUUCUAUCAAGUUUAAAUGAAGAGAGAAACCGUGACCAAUUCAAUGAGGUUGCUCAACAAGCUCAGCGCUUGUCGAAAGAAAUUAAUACUUUGAUGAAAAAUCUUGUCGAUAUAAGUAACAACGAAAAAUCCCUCCGUAUUCAACGUGCUCGGCUCCAAGAGGAGUACAUCAGCGUACUCAAUAGACUCCAAGCAUGUCAGAGAAAGGCUGCGAAGAUCGAACAGAGCAGCAUGAAAAGAGCUCGCGACGCUGUAGCUCAAGACGAAGCUGCUUACAGAAGUAUCGAAUCAGAUCCUAUUGGAGGUCAGCAACGUGCUCAAGUACAAAAGCAACAGCAAAUCGACAUGAAGGAAUUGCAAGAAAGACAACUGUCUCUACGUCAAUUGGAACAAGACAUUGGGGAUGUAAACCAAAUAUUCGCUGAAUUAUCCAGAAUAGUUCACAGCCAAGGGGAGUUGGUGGACAGUAUUGAGGCGAAUGUUGAACAAGCUCAAAUUAGAGUUACUCAGGGAGCUUCUAACGUUGAGCAAGCUGUAUAUUAUAAUCACAAAGCAAGACAGAAAAAAAUGCUGUUGGUUGCUUUUCUCACAAUUCUAAUUUUCAUUAUUGGCCUUACUAUUUACCUUGCACGUUAA